UGAGAACACCAAAUUAUCUUUUAUGUAUUCUUUUUUUAUAUUAUAAAUAUAUAUGUUAUUUCUAUAUUAAUAUACAGUAAAUACUUAUAAAAUUAACAUUUUAGUAACUUGAACUCUGGUUGGAUUGACGAAUAUGUAAGUGUGAAAUUACUAAACCACUUAGAUUAACAUGUUAAAUCAUAUAUUUUGUAUAUAUAUAUAUAUAUAUAUAUAUAUUUGAUUCACAUAUUAAAUGGAUACCAGAAUCGAACCGAAGUCUUUUAAGUACCUAUUAGAUAUAAAAAUGAUUUAUCUAUACACCUGGAACCGAAUAGUUCUUCCCCAAAACCUAACCGAAUGCUCAUGGCUAAUAGGGAGUAUGUAUUAACUAUUAGCUUAGAGAACAUAUAUUCGGACCAAACCUAUAUUCAGACAAACCUUGUCUUUUUUUCUUCUGUUGUGUUGUUGAUGGGUUCACACGUGUGCUUGAAUAAACAUUGAAACUACUUUGAUGCUGUUUGCAGUUAGAUCGGACUGGGACAACAGUUGUAGUCUCUCUCCUAAUGUUUCGGUGCCUGCUUUCAUUUAUAGCUGUACAUUUCUCUAUUCACACGUCCAGAUUUAUUCGCCUUUUCACUCAUUAACCUCAUAACAAAAAACAAUUAACAGAAGAAAGAAACUGAAUUUGCCAUUUUUGGUUAACUGCAACACCUCCCAUUUCCAAAUUUGUUUGUUUCUUUCUUUUCAUGACCUAUCUAGCUUCCUCUCCUUUGGUUUUCCUGUGUUUCCUUCAUCCUCAAGGAAACCCGGAACCAGCGCUGGGUUUCUCUUUGGAUCAUCUCUUUUGCUUUCCCGCAGAUUCUUGAUCUCUAAAAGCUCAAAAUGGCACCCACUCUGCAUCCGAUAAUACUUUUUAUUGCAUGUUUAGGAUUCUUCACGUCCCAUGCUCUUGCAAAAACAGAUAGCCAAGAUGUUUCGGCUCUUAAUGACGCUUAUAAGAGCAUGAACUCUCCAUCAAAACUCAGUGGCUGGUCUUCGAGUGGAGGUGAUCCUUGUGGUGAUUCAUGGGAUGGCAUUACUUGCAAGGGCUCUUCUGUUACUGAAAUAAAGGUGUCCGGACGUGGACUCAGUGGAUCUUUAGGUUACCAGCUUGCAAACUUGAAAUCACUCACUUACCUUGAUGUAAGCAAGAACAAUCUUAACGGAAACUUACCCUAUCAGCUUCCUGAGAAUCUUGUUUAUCUAGAAGCUUCCGAGAAUGACUUCAACGGUAAUGUGCCAUACUCUGUGUCUCUCAUGAACGACCUCACUUACCUAAACUUUGGUCGUAACAACCUCAAUGGUGAACUUAGUGACAUGUUUCAAAAGCUUCCAAAACUUGAAACAAUUGAUCUGUCUUCUAAUCAACUCACAGGAAAGCUACCACAGAGUUUUGCUAACCUAACAGGACUUAAAACAAUUCAUUUGCAAGACAAUCAAUUCAAAGGCUCUAUAAAUUCACUCAGGGACCUCCCUCAAAUCGAUGAUGUAAACGUUGCAAACAAUCAGUUUACUGGUUGGAUCCCAAACGAGCUGAAGAACAUUGGAAACCUUGAGACUGGAGGAAACCGUUGGUCAAGCAGUAGACCUCCAUCACCACCUCCCGGGACUCGCCGCGUAGACAGAAACUCAGGAGGCGUUGGUUUAAGCAACAAGGCUCUAACCACAGGUCUUAUAGUAGCAGCAUCCACUAUAGGUGGACUCAUUUUCACAGCAGGAGUGAUUGCAUUAUUUGCUAGAAGAAAGAACUCUCAUCACUCUUCUCACUUUUUCGACGAAGAGAAAGGAGGAACCAACAGAAGCAAACCUCUCUUCACACCACAGCCCUCUCAGGUGCUUCAGUACGACUCUAUGGAUGACUUCAAAGGCCAGAAUACUGUUGAUUCCAAUGCUUCAACUGAGACAAAACCUUCUUCUGUUAGAAGAACAUCAUCAGUCAGUUUCAAGAACUCUCCUACCUUCCAUCUCAUACCUUCUUCUACACCAGUGGCUGCUACCUCUGGUCGUUUCUCUAGCCUUGAAGACUCUCCUGACACGCGUGGUGUGAAAGCCUUUACCCUUGUGGAGCUUCAGAACUCUGCUUCUGGCUUCUCCCCUAAUCGCCUUAUUGGUGAAGGAACUCUUGGACGUGUUUAUAAAGCUAAAUAUGAAGAUGGAAGGAAGUAUGCAGUGAAAGAGAUUGAUUCUUCACUGUUGGGGAAAAGGAAUGUGGAAGAUUUUUCACACAUAGUGUCCAACAUCUCCAGCAUUCACCACCCUAACAUGGCUGAGCUUGUUGGUUAUUGUUCAGAACAAGGAAGGAACAUGCUUGUUUAUGAGUAUUUCACUAGUGGGUCACUUAACAGGUUCCUUCACCAGACUGAUGAUUUCAGCAGACCGUUAACUUGGAACACAAGAAUCCGAAUCGCUCUCGGAACUGCUCAAGCUAUAGAGUACCUUCAUGAAGUGUGUUCGCCUCCAUUAGUUCACAAGAACAUCAAGUCAUCAAACAUUUUACUUGACAGUGAGCUGAAUCCUCAUCUCUCAGACUAUGGCUUGGCGAACUUUCACCAUCGCACAAGUCAGAAUCUUGGAGUGGGAUACAAUGCUCCAGAAUGCACAGACCCUUCAGCUUACACAUUAAAGAGCGAUGUCUACAGCUUUGGUGUGGUGAUGCUGGAGCUUCUAACCGGUAGAAGGCCUUAUGACAGUGAAAGGCCCAAAGCAGAACAGUCACUAGUUCGUUGGGCAAAGCCGCAGCUUAAAGAGAUGGGCACUCUUGAGGAGAUGGUUGAUCCGUCCUUGUGUGGACUCUACGUUCCAGAAUCUGUCUCGGCAUUUGCGGAUAUAGUUUCCAUCUGCGUUAUGUCGGAGCCUGGGCUUAGGCCACCAGUGUCAAACGUGGUGGAGGCGUUGAAGAGGCUAGUAUAGUCUAGUGCCUCAAGUUGUGUAUGUCACCGAUAAGAAGAAGAAGAAGAAUAACUGUUCGGGAGAAUGAGGCUAAAAUCUGAGAAACUUCUGAUCAAACUUGAGCUCAAGAAGCUAUUGGAUUCAGGUUUGUAUAGAGUGUAAGGUGGUAAAAAUGGUGGAGGAAAAGAUAGAGACAGAGAUUGUAUUAUUCAGUUUUAUGUUUUGUUUUGUUUCAGGUCAUGAUUGUCUAACAUUUAGGUUAAUCUUUUAUACAUUUGAGGAGAAGUAAAAGAAAAAAGAAAAAAAAACUCGUAGUCUCAUAGAAGUAGAACAAUAACAUUUAAAACU